UCGUCCCCUGGUUUUUCUCAGACAUUCGACAACGUUGCUGAGCAUCCAUUUCACUUUACACACAUAUAUUUUAUAUAUAUCACACAAACUCCCACCGGCCCCAAUCAUCCUGAGUUCAAAUCUUUCUGGGUAUUUGUUACCAAAUAAGGAAAGAAUGGAUAGAGUAAGAACACCAAAGUUGCGUAGAUACAUAGCAAUACUGUGUGUCAUUCUGUUUCUAAAUAUAGAAUGUUCAGAGGAGGUAGACAUCACCAUCAUUGAAAGUGCCGUGUCUAAAGGAGCUGUUUGUUUAGAUGGAAGCCCACCUGCUUACCAGCUUGAUAGAGGGUUUGGAGAUGGUGUCAAUAAUUGGUUGGUUCAUAUACAGGGUGGAGGAUGGUGCCAUACGGUAGACGAUUGUGUUUACCGAAAAACUAUGGACAACGGGUUGGGAUCAUCCAAGUUGAUGCCAGUGAUGGACUUCUAUGGGAUUUUGAGCAAUAAACAAGAUCAGAAUCCACACUUCUAUAAUUGGAAUAGGGUAUAUAUGCGAUACUGUGACGGGUCAUCGUUCACCGGAGAUGUCGAAGAAGUCGAUCCCGGUACAAAUCUUCACUUUAGAGGUGCAAGGAUCUUCACUGCCAUAGUUGAAGAGCUCAUGAGGGUUGGAAUGUAUGAUGCACAAAAUGCGAUUUUAUCAGGGUGUUCGGCUGGAGGGUUAGCUUCAAUAUUGAACUGUGACAAGUUUCACGGAUUCUUUAAAUCGGGUACUAGAGUAAAAUGCGUUCCUGAUGCCGGUUAUUUUGCUCAUGUGAAAGAUUACUCUGGAGGGUAUCAUUUUGAGCAAUACUACGAUAAAGUCGUUACAUUGCAUGGAUCAGCAAAAAAUCUGCCUUCUGGUUGUACGUCUAAUAUGAACCCUGCUUUAUGUUUCUACCCUCAAUAUGCUGUGCCUUAUAUCCAAACGCCUAUUUUCAUAUUAAACUCGGCUUAUGACACUUGGCAGAUAUACAACAUUUUGGCAUCAUAUGAAGCCGAUCCUAGUGGUAGUUUCACCAAGUGUAAGACAACAUUAAAUGAAUGCUCCACAAGUGAACUUCAACGAUUUAAAGAUUUUCGUUCAGAGUUUUUAGGAGCCGUUUCAGCCAUUGGUAAUAGUUCUUCCAAAGGAAUGUUUAUCAACACUUGUUACACUCACUGCCAAUCUGAAGACCAAUCAGCAUGGUUCGGAAAACCUACUUCAAAAUUGUAUGAUAAGACAAUGGCAGAGGCUGUUGGUGAUUGGUUUUAUGAGAAAUACGACUGGCGAAUGAUUGAUAACGAGAAUGUGUUGCCACACUAUUGUUAAAAAUCACUCGAUCAUUGCAACAAACAUAUAAAGACAGUGUAACAUUCUCAAAUAGGGUUGUGUGUAUUUUGUUUGUUUAAAGAUAGUUCUCUUGUACUCAUGGAAUAAAGAUAAGUCGGCAAAUAAUAAGCAUAAAUUAUAAAUAGUAUAUAACAAUUAUAUGUACUUUAUAUAUGUGCAUGUUGUAAUAAAAUAUAUGAUACCCUCCA